ACCAGCGCAGACAUCAACAAGGGAGCGGGUUACUGAUGCGGGUUGAUUUUCAUAAUAGUCACGCCGUAACGACGCGCUGUAAGGACUAUUUGUAUCAGCUUCAAGCAACUUGCAACAAGAUGUUUGGCUUUCAUAAGCCAAAAAUGUACAGGAGUUUGGACGGCUGCUGCAUCUGCCGAGCAAAGUCUUCAAGCUCUCGUUUUACAGACAGCAAGCGGUAUGAGAAAGACUUCAGGAGCUGUUUUGGACUGAGCGAAACACGAUCUGGAGAAAUCUGUAAUGCCUGUGUGCUCCUGGUAAAAAGAUGGAAAAAGCUACCAGUGGGAACCAAGAAGAACUGGAAUCACGUUGUUGAUGCCAGAGGAGGUCCCAGCCUAAAGAUAACUUCCAGGCCCAAGAAGAUAAAGUCUAUCUCCAAGAAAGCGAGGCCGAGCCAGAUCAGCCGGCUGCAGAAAGAGCUUAAAAGAAACAAUUCAGAUGCCCACAGCACCACCUCCAGUGCCUCUCCGGCUCAGUCUCCUAGCUACAGCAACCUGUCAGAUGACGGCUCCGACACUGAGCUCAGCCCAGGAUCCAGCCGCUCCCCUGUUUUCUCAUUUCUGGACCUAACUUAUUGGAAGAGGCAAAAGGUGUGCUGUGGAAUAAUCUACAAGGGUCGCUUCGGGGAGGUGCUCAUCGACCCCCAUCUGUUCAAACCGUGCUGCCGCAAAAAGCAACGGCAGCAGCGGCAACAAGAGGAGGAGGAGGAGGAAGAGGAAGAGGAAGAGGAGGAGGAAGAGGUGGAGGUAGAGGAGGGCCAGGUGGGUGUGGACGUCAGUGAGCAGAAAUCCCAGACUGAAGAGGAAGUGAAGGUGACACCGAUCUGUGAGGAAAAUGCAGAGGCCGCUCAGCUAUGUGUUACUAUGACGGCACCAAGGAGCGGGGUGGUGGUGGAGCAAGGGUGGUGAAGCCAUCGCCUCCCCCCUCCCUCCUGCACACAUCUCUGAAGAAAUCUUAGGGUGCUGUUUUUUUAUUUGCUCAAGCACUUACAGAAUGGAGUUGGCUCAGAUUGCCUUCAAUCAUAAAGCAGCUGUAAAUCCUUUGGUCUUCAUAAUAAUGUCGGAGGUAUUACUUUGAAAUAGUAACUUAUGGACUGUUGUGUUUCCACUUUGUCUCUUAUUUUGUAUUUAAUAAUCUCACCAUCCUGACGAUGGACCAUCAUCCGUGGUGUUUUUGAUUGACUGUAGAUGAAAUGCUGGAGCUCUAGUUUGCUGGUACAUUUAGAUUUUGUUCCAAAACGCAAUAGAUCCACUUACUUACAGAAAAAGGUGCUACUUGAAAUUCAUUACUCAACAUUUCAGCUGAUUCAACUCAUCCUCAAGGUGGAUAUUUUAUAAUCAUAUAUGUUAAGAUGACUAAUAUAAUGAAAUUAGUUUUGCUUUCUUUGUGAAGAGUAGAUAUCUCUUUUUUUAAAUGGUGGAUAUCUCGUUUUGGAAUGAAUGACACUUUACAUUGACAGAGCACAGACCUGUACAGUAUCCCUUGUGUUUGUGUCUUUUCACAUUGACAUCCACUCCUAUCAAAGAGUUUGUGUUUGUAGACUGGAUUAGUGUCUCUGUGUGCAAAUACUUCUGUGGGUCCCAUUCAAAUAAGGCCUAUUCACAGCUUCAACAGCAAAUACACCAGCCUUAAUUAUGUGUUACAGACAGUGCUAGUGUUAAUUCUGGAUUGGUAUUAAGGAACAAAAAGGGACAGUAGCUAUAUUUAUUGUGGCCUCAGCAACACAUAGUGCAUUUUGCAUGAAUGGCAAGCCCACUCAUCCAAAAGACCGAAUGAUCUGAUGCAUGAGUCUACUAAAAUUGCAUGGCCUUAUAUAAACUGUAAAUCUUACUUUUAUUUUUUUGGAUCCAUUUCUCUGAAGUUUUAACUUAUUUUUAUAUGUAAAAAAAAAAAAGGAUAAGGAAAAACAAAAGUGUCUUUGCAUAAUAAUACCACACAAUACAACAGCAAAAUACACAAUCGGUCUAUAGUCAUUCAGCAAUAUCAAUAUCAGUGAUUUCCAUCAUUCCCGGGUCAGUAUACGGUAAAAGACUUUAUACAAGCUGAAAUUCUAUGCCAUUGCCUCUUAUAUACCACAAAUGUGUUGUGAUAUAUAGCCUAAUAUUACUUUAUUUAUCAAAUUAAAGCCAAAGCACAUUGAAAUUCACCCAAUGUCAAAUCAAUGCAGGUUUUCUAUGGACACUUGUGCUUGUCCGAGGUCAUUUGUAUAUAUGUUUAUGGGAUUCUAAAAAGAACACUAAUAUGAAAUUUCAUACAUGUGAUGUAGUUGUUGGGAGCAGAGGGGGUGUUAUGUACAUAAGGGGCUGGGUGAGCCAUAUGGCUCCUAUAUGGGUUUCAUUAUUUAUUUAUUUCAUAUUUAUUUGUAUCACUGCAUCCCCGCUUCGAAAUGUAAUGAAUUCUUUUCAUCCUUAGCUUAUACGUAGUACGGUUUUGUACAUCAGAAAUCAAAUGUAAUUCUCACGCAGGCUUUGUUUGACAUUGCGUUGAAUUACUGGAUGUCAAUAUUUGUGAAUUGUUGUUAAGUAUUUAUUUGCUCAUCAGUUGAGUUGCGUGCAACCUAACUUAUUCUGUACCAUCAUUUUGGAUCUGUAUCAUGUAGAAACAAAUGAUAGAUUGCAACCAAACUGUGCUUUCCCCUUUUCGCCUGUAGCUCAAAAAUGUUACAGAAUAGUAGGAUACUUAACUCUAGAAUUGCAUGUACUGUUGCUAUGCAUUUACUUAGCUUACAAGUUAGAUAAAGCGGUUUUGUAUUUUUUAUACAUCAUGUACUUUUUUUACUUGUCCCUUAAUAAAAAUAAUUUUGUGAGUUU